AUGUUGAGGGAUCCGCUCGCCCUUAGCAAUGUAGUUGGAGACGUGCUGGACCCCUUCCUCAAACGAGUCGAGAUUCAUGGACGUGACUCGAGGACUCUUUACACACUCGUGAUGGUGGACCCUGAUGCUCCAAGCCCCAGCAAUCCAACAAAAAGAGAGUUUCUGCAUUGGUUGGUGACUGAUAUCCCAGAAACAGCCAAUUCUAGUUAUGGUAAUGAAAUUGUCUGCUAUGAGAGUCCACGGCCAUCGAUUGGGAUCCAUCGGCUCGUGUUCGUAUUGUUCCGACAAUCAAUCAGCCAAACAAUCUACGCGCCCGGGUGGAGACAAAACUUCAACACCAGAGAUUUUGCAGCAGCUCACAAUCUCGGCGAUCCUGUAGCCGCGAUGUUCUUAAACUGUCAAAAGGAGAACCGAUGUGGUGGAAGAAGGUUUUAUCAAGCUUCUAAUGGAUGGGCGUAG